AUGACCAACCACACUCAUCACAAACACGAAAGACCCCUUGUGGCAGUUCUUGGAGCUGGUGUCGUCGGUCUCACCACUGCACUCCUCCUCCAGUGCAACCACUAUGACGUCACGAUUAUCUCGGACGAGUUCCCGUGGGAGGACAAGCCCCGUCCAGACUAUGCGUCCCCAAAAGCUGGUGCCCACUGGCGGUCGAUGUGUGACGAAGACGACGAGCGGGCCAAAGGGUAUGACACGGUGUCGUACAGGACGUUCCAAGAACUGGCCAAGGACCCAGAAUCGGGUGUUAAUAUCCGGGAUGCGAUCGACUAUUUUGACUUCAAUCCUACGGGACAUGAGGGUCGGGAUCCAUGGUGGUCCAAGGUCGUUGACGACUUCAAGAAGAUCCCUUCGACAAACGCAGCCUUCCCAAUCGCCUACUCCUACAAGACCCCCGUCAUCACCCCAGGCAUCUAUCUCAAGUUCCUCCUCCACCAGUUUAAGAAAGCAGGAGGACAUGUUCAACACCGCAAGUUGUCACAUGUUACUGAGGCGGCGCUCUGGGUCGGGACUAAACCUCGACCGGUCAAGAUUAUUGUCAACUGUACGGGAUUCCAGGCAAGGCACCUAGGAGGCGUGAAUGAUUUGAGGAAUUUCCAGACCCGUGGACAGACAGCUGUUAUACGCGCUACGUGGAUCCGUGAGACUGUUACCUGGAUCUCCAAGUCUGGGUCGAUCAUGUAUGUCAUCCCACGGUCGAACGGCGACGUGGUCCUCGGAGGAUCCCACGAGGCGUACCAAAACAACGAGUCAGUAAGCGGGACAAAGACAACACACAUCCUCAAGACAAUCCUUGACCGGUACCCCAAGAUCCUCAGCCCUGGAUCCUCCGAUGCCUACGCCUCCAGCCCAGACCUCCUUUCCAAGUUCGACAUCGUGGAUCAGAAGGUUGGGUUCCGACCCUCGCGGCUUGGUGGCGUGCGCGUUGAGGUCGAGCAUGGACGCACGGGAACGGGACAGCAUGUUCUUAUCGCCCACAACUAUGGCCAUGGAGGCGCUGGUAUUUUUCAUGCUCUGGUGGUGUUUGCAGGAAUGCUCUGUCGCUACUCUUGA